GACGGAGCAGACUGGGCCGCAGCUUCGCCUCGCCUCGCCUCCAUCUUAGCGAGGCCUGCUGCCGGCGUUCGAGCUGCAAGGUGAGGCGAGCGGGCGCUAGGCCCGGCCACGCCGCCUGAGGUUAUUUCAGUAUGUAGGAGGGAGUCCCUUCUUUGAGUUCAGCUACCAAUCGCAUGAUGAAGAUUGCAGAGUGAUAUGAGCAAAAAGUAAAGGAGAGAACGAUGCUGAAGAAAAAUGAAGUUUGCCGCCCUUUCCUUCCGACAACCUUAUGCCGGGUUGGUUUUGAACAAAGUCAAAACUAUCGAGACCCGUUGGCGACCAGUGUUGGCUGAGUACGAGGCCUGCACCCUUGCUGUCCACAUUGCUUUUAAAGACUGGGACGAUGACGCCUGGAAAGGCAUCCUCAUGAAUAGACUCGGCAUGACACAGACUCAAAUGCAAGAGUUACUAGAUGGGGGUGAAAAGUUUGGCAGAGGUGUCAUUGCCGGGCUAAUUGACAUUGGAGAGACAUCACAGUGUCCAGAACACUUGCAUCCUGAAGAUGCUUUGGUAUUGGAAAACAAAGCUAUCCUAUUAGGCCUGGAGCAGAAAUACUUGACAGUUAUUUCAAACCCCAGAUGGUUGCUGGAACCCAUUCCUGUACGAGGACGUAAAGAUGUCUGGCAGGUGGACAUCCCAGAGGAACUGAUUCCUUCUGUGGAACGUUAUUGAAGAGAUUGUGAACAAGAGCUAACACAUGGCUUGGGACCGCAAUACCUGAUGGAACGCCUCUCCCGACAUGAACCUACCCGUACACUGCGCUCAACAUCUAAGGUCCUCCUCCGAGUGCCUACUCCGAGGGAAGCUCGGAGGAUGACAACAAGGGAUAGGGCCUUCUUGGUGGUGUCCCCCUGACUGUGGCAUGAUCUCCCCGAUGAGGCUCGCCUGGUGCCAACAUUGUUAUCUUUUCGGCGCCAGGUCAAGACUUUUCUCCUCUCCCAGGCAUUUUAACAGCAUUUAACAACGUUAAAUUUGUUUUUAAUGGACCCCAGAAUUGUUGUUUUUAAAUGGAUACUGUUUUUAUACUUUUAAUGUUUUUGAUGGUUUUUAAAUUUUGUAUACUUUUUAAUGUUUACCAUUUUUAACUGUUGUAAACAGCCCAGAGAGCUUCGGCUGUGGGGCGGUAUAUAAAUGUAAUAAAUAAAUAAAUAAAUAAUACAUGAUGGUAAAGGAAA